AUGUUAGAAAGGUUUGAUGAUGCUGGACUAAGCGAUCUCAUGGCUAUCAGGUUAAUGGCUGCAAUUCUGUUGCUAGUUAUAUUCAUUGUGUUGGUAGUUCAAUUCUCAUCUGACACAUUGAUGAAAGAAAUGCAUUUACAAGGAGUAACAAUAAAUGAUAUUGUAGAAGUCCUAAAAAGAACUCCAAUUCAUCCUCGUAUUGUUCCUGCUAUUAAAGCUGCUCAUUCUGCAGGGUGUGAUUUGAGGAUUGUGAGUGAUGCAAAUAUGUUCUUCAUUGAAACAAUUUUGGAUUUUCUUGGAAUUAAGGAUUGUUUCUCAGAAAUUAACACUAAUCCUGGUUAUGUUGAUGAACAAGAAAGAUUAAGGAUUUUACCUUAUCAUGAUUUCACAAAAUCUCCUCAUGGAUGCUCCAAUCCUGAUUGA